CACUUGACACCGAGAUUUUGUUAUUAUUCUGUCAGAAUCGGUAAAAAUAUUGUUUUGAAAUCAUCUAAACUUACGUUAAAAGUUAAAUAGGAAUACAAAAAUGAAAGCCCUCAUACAACGCGUUAUGAACGCUAAAGUUACCGUAAAUGAUGAAGUAAUUAGCAGUAUUAGCCAAGGCAUCUGUGUGUUUUUCGGAAUAUCGAACAGUGACAGUAAAAAGAAUAUGGAAUACAUUGUCCGCAAAAUAUUAAGCAUAAAGCUAUUUGAUGAUGAAUCUGAAAAGAAAUGGAAGAAAAGUGUGUCUGACAGAGAUUUAGAAAUAUUAUGUGUGAGCCAGUUCACACUUUACAAUACAUGGAAAGGUAACAAACCAGACUUCCACCAUGCAAUGCCUGGAGACAAAUCUAAGGAGUUUUAUGAGAACUUCCUACAAAUGUUGAAGGAUGCUUAUAAACCAGAAAAAGUCAAAGAUGGCAAGUUUGCAGCCUACAUGCAAGUGAGCAUACAGAAUGAUGGACCAGUCACCUUUGAGAUAGAGUCCCCUGCCAAUCUUCCAAGCAAAGAGAGGAGAUCUAACAAUGGGACUAAACAAGAGAAAGACAGUAGUAAUCAAGUUGAAAACAGUGUUGAGACAUUAUAGUAUUUAAAUUUAUAGCAUGUAAGUAAAUAAAGUUAAAUUAUUUGAAAAAG